AUGAAGGCUAAAGCAAUAAUUGAAUUUGUCGUUUUUAUGGAUUCUCUUAAAACUAUUGGAAUCUUUUUAUUGGAUGAGGGAAUGUAUCAAAUAAGGAUUAACUUAUAUAUAUAGAGUGUAAGUGAUUUUGAGUAUUGCAGUCCUAAAAUUUGAAGAUUCCUCUUACACCGAAAGAAACCUUGUUAUUCAAGAGAAAUGAAUAACAAUACUUGCCAUAACACAUAAUAGAUAAUUUUUAUAUGAGUGAUGCAUUUUUAUUGAGAUAAUGGACAGAGGAAGUAUUAAAUUAUUUAAAAUGGAAAGGAAAAAUUUGAGAUAAAAAAUGGAUGUAGGUUUAGUGGUGCAAUUCCACAUAAUUUGAAAGAGCAACCAUGUUAUAUGGAGAUUGAAUUGAUGUAUUAUGAUUUAGCAUAGAAAAUUGUUUCAUUUUAAAGUAUAUCGAUGGCAAAGUUUAAAAUUGAAAACUCAUCUAAUGGAAUAUAUGAAUAUGUUCCUGUAAUAUUAGGAGAAGAUCACUUUAGUUUAUUAAAUCUAAUUGUAUAAUUAAUUUAUAUUAUAUAUGAUUAGGUUCUUUGUUCUUUGACUAGUUUUGACAUUUAAAUAUAGUAAGUAUAAAAUGAAGAUAAGAAGGCAGGAGAUCAACAUUAAAAUAUUAAUAUGAGAUAAUUGUAUAAUAAAGUGUUGGAACCACUUAAGACAUGUUAUCGAAAUAUGCAAACAUUCUAUUAUAAUAUGGAAUUAGAAAUGGAAAGACCUAGUAGUAAGGGAGGUAUGUAAUACCAUCUUAGAUAAACUAAGAGUUUUUAGAUAUUACCAUUAUCUAGUGCAGAUUAAUUAUUAAAAAAUGAAUAAAAUACAUAAUUAAUAAGUAAAGUAAUGGCAAAUGAAUUUAAAGUAUUAUAAAGUACAAUAAAUCAAUUAUGGCAUAAAAUAAUUAUAGGAUUAAAGUUAGGACAUUAGAAAAUAUUAAGAUAAUUAAAAAAGGAAUCAUUAACAAAUUUUUAAAGUAGAUAUUCUGCAUUUACUUAAAAAGAAGUUAUUCCUGUAGUAGAUCAUCAAUAUACAAUGAUACCUUAAUAAUAGAAAUAAAGUCAAGAGUAGGCAGAUUUAUAAAAUAAAAGAUUGGAAUAUUAAAAAUUAUUACUUUAAGGUCCAUCUAAAAUAGUUGAUUUAAAAAUAAUAGAUGAAAUUAAAGAUAAAUUAAUGAUUGUUGAAAAACAUUAUGUUACAAGAUAAACAUUCUAAUUAUCUAGAUCUAAAUUACAUCUCAUUGUUUUAGUUCAUGGUUAUUAAGGACAUUCUUAUGAUAUGAGAUUAUUGGAGAAUUAUAUGUGUUUAAGGUUUCCUUAGCAUAUGUUAUUAGUAUCAUUAUGUAAUCAAUAAAACACAGAAGGAGAUAUAUUACAAAUGGGUAAAUAUCUUAGUGAUGAAAUUAAAAAUUAUAUUGCAACAUGGUCUUAUACAGAUAAAUUAGUUAUAUCAUUUAUUGGACAUUCAUUAGGAGGAUUAAUUAUAAGAGCAGCAUUACCAUAUUUGGAUUUUGAAUUUCAUACUUUAUUAACAUUAGGAACACCUCAUUUAGGUAAUGUUACAAAUCAAAGACCAUUAAUUAAAUUUGGAAUGUGGUUUUUUUAAAAAUUAAAGAAAUCUCAAAGUUUAUCUCAAUUAAAUUGUUAUGAUGAUACAUUAUUAAAGUUAUCUUUAUUUCCUGGAAUGAAUAAAUUUAAACAUAUUAUUUUAUUUGGUUCUUAAUAGGAUCAUUAUGUAAAUAGUGAAAGUAGUUUGUUAAUGAAAGUUUCUGGUAUUGAAAAUGAAUAAAAGCAUAAUGAAAUGGCUACCAAUAUUUUAAGAUAAUUGCAUUAAAAUGAAGUUUUAAGAAUUAGUAUAGAUUAUAAAUUUUAUGAUGGGUAUCUUUUUUAUAAUUAUUAUUUUUAGAGAUUUUGAUACAUUUUUAGGAAGAAAAGCCCAUAUAGCAAUAUUAGAAUCACAUUUUCUAAAUUAAUAUAUAAUUUAUAACUUAGGAGAUUAUUUUAAAUGA